UGUGUCUAGCGGCGGAAUCGUCGAGCCAGGGAAAAGGCGUUUCCAUUCUCAAACCGGCGAGACUGUACACACGGACUCAGCAGCGGAUGGACCGAGCGAUCUGUCUGGAAACUAUCACAGAAAAAAAACUAUAUCAAAACCACAAUUAAUCUAUAGAAUCCAUCCCAGGGAAAAGGAAGCAGCUAACCUAUUCAUUUUUAAACAAACGUGUUGGUCCCGAGAGGGUUUUGCGAGUGGAUUUGCCUGCACAAAGCGCUUAUUUCAGAGCGAAAGCUCAAAACAAACGCAUUUAUAUCUCCCUGGAUACAGAAAACCAUCGCGCGUACUGUGUAGAGCAUCUCUCCGUCUCCUUCUCCCAUACGCGCCUGCAGCCAUGUCAGAGUACAGUUCCCUGCUGACGGACCUGGCAGAGGUGAUCACAGUGGAGGACCUGGAGCAGCUGAAGGGAGCCUGUAAGGAGGACAUCCCAGAGGGCCAGAGCGCUGGCCUCUCCUGCUCCAGAGACUGGCUCAGUUAUCUGGAGAAACACCACAAGCUGGCACAGGAUAACCUCUCCUACAUCGAGCACAUCUUCGAGAUCUCCCGCCGGCCGGACCUCCUGACGAGGGUGGUGGAGUAUCGCACCACUGUGCUGAAGAUCUCGGAGGACGACGAGAUCGACUCGAAGCUCACACGCAUCCCCUCAGCCAAGAAGUACAAAGAUAUAAUCCGCCAACCCUCUGAAGAUGAGAUCAUCAAGCUGGCCCCUCCUCCUAAGAAAGCGUGAUGUCACGGGUCCUUAUUGUGAUGUCACGGGUCCUUAUUGUGAUGUCACGGGUCCUUAUUGUGAUGUCACGGGUCCUUAUUGUGAUGUCCCAGCUCCUUAUCAUUCCACUGCACCCCCUUCAUCAGCCCACCCCCUACCCCCCCCCCCCCCUCCAGUUACACCUGCACUUCCCUGACCCUCCACACAGUGGCGCUACAUUCAUACCACACACAUGCAGCUGUGCUCACCCUGCUGAACAGGAGGAUGCACUGAGCGAGGCAGAGAGGAGAGGAGGAUGGACUGAGCGAGGCAGAGAGGAGAUGUGAGGAGGUA